UCAAUCAGUGGCAAAUUGAAAAGUCUAUGCUCCACAGCAUUUUCCUGGAGCAGAGUCUGUUAAGAACAGGUGGAAAAGGGUUAAAGUCAAGUGAUCCAACCAUGACCGGCAAAACACAGACCAGCAACGUCACCAAUAAGAAUGACCCAAAGUCCAUCAACUCCAGAGUCUUCAUUGGCAAUCUGAACACAGCCAUUGUCAAAAAAGGCGACAUUGAAGCGAUCUUUGCAAAGUAUGGAAAAAUAGUUGGUUGCUCAGUGCACAAAGGUUAUGCGUUCGUACAGUACAUGAGCGAGAGGCAUGCAAGGGCUGCAGUGGCAGGAGAAAAUGCCAGGAUCAUCGCAGGGCAGCCACUAGAUAUCAACAUGGCAGGAGAGCCAAAACCAUACAGACCAAAACCUGGCAACAAGCGGCCACUUUCAGCACUUUACAGACUUGAAUCAAAGGAGCCCUUCCUGUCUGUUGGUGGUUAUGUCUUUGAUUAUGAUUACUACAGAGAUGAUUUCUACAAUCGGUUGUUUGAUUACCACGGCCGUGUCCCCCCACCACCUCGUGCAGUAAUUCCACUGAAACGUCCUCGUGUGGCUGUGACAACAACUCGCAGAGGCAAAGGGGUUUUCUCCAUGAAAGGAGCAUCACGAUCCACCUCAAGUGGGGCUUCUUCCUCAGGAUCCAAAUCACCCACCUGUCUUCCCCUGCCCCUUAUGUGGAGUGAUACUGUCCUUGGAAGCGUCACUGGAAGAGGAAGAGAAAGAUCAGUGAAAUCAGAUGAGUUGCAAACAAUCAAGAAGGAAUUAACCCAAAUCAAAACAAAAAUUGACUCCUUGCUAGGGAGACUGGAAAAGAUUGAAAAGCAGCAAAAAGCUGAAGCAGAAGCUCAAAAGAAACAAAUGGAAGAUAAUGCUGAUUUGAUUCAAGAGGAAUGCAUAUCAGAGAAUGCAGAUAAUUCUACGGAAGAGCCAAUUGAAGGAGGGCCAGAUGCAGAUGGGGAUGGAGAAGAUAUGACUGAUGGGAUAGAGGAGGAUUUUGAUGAGGAUGGCAGCAAUGAGCUGUUUCUACAGAUCAAGUGAUGAGAUAUCUCAUGUGAACUCCCUGAAGACUGAGAAGAGAAACUGACUUCCCCACAGAAAAUUGUGAACUGCGGUUUCUUACUGGCUAGCAACACCUUUGAUUCAAUUUGUAUGAAAACUCAAUUUACUUAUUAAAAUGGACGUUAUUGUUCAAAUAUUAGAAACUCCAUUUCUUAUAUGUUCUAAGCUGUACAAUUGUCAGAUUUUUAUGGUUUAGAUUGUAAAUGUGUUUUUUCUCUGGCUAAUUAUUGGUAUUAUUUUUUUAAUUUUGAUGUCUUAAAGGCCAAUGUACUGUAUCAUAAUAAUAUGGACAUAUUUAACAGGUGUGGGAAACACUGUAUACAAAUGUAUAUUUCUAAAAGCUAUUUUUAUGAUUAGCAUGUUUUACUGUUCUACCAUAUUUAGAGUCAGGUGAUAUUGCACUUCUUUAUUUACAGAUUAAUUCAAACAAGACCAUUAUGAUCAGUGUCACGAUUUAAUACAUUAUAUGGUAUAUUCCAUUAUUUUAUUUAUUAUAUGUGUCACUGGAAAUAAUUAUGUUUACUAAUAGGGAUAGCUGCUAAAAAGUGAAAAAGUCAAAAUAAGAGAGCAAUCCUUGAUAAACUGUAAAUUGAAUCCUCCUGUAAAUCCCUUUCUCCAGAUAAGCACUCUCUGUGAUGCCAUUCAUCAGACAGUUGUUACAGCUGCUCCUGCAAGUCUUUUAGGCCAGUUUGUUGCUACCUUAUGUUUACAUGAAAGUCAGUCUCCUAUCUAGCCAGGUAAAUUAAUUAUAGACAGCCAAUAUCUAUCAGCCUGAGUUAGCCUACUGAUUACUUUUGGGGUUGUUUUCUGGCAGUCGUAUUUGCACUCCCAGACCUCUAACACCCUCCUAAAAGCCUGCAGCUGGGAUAAUUAUUACAGAUGUAGGGGGAAUCUCAGUAUAGAAUUUCUUAAUAAAUCAUAUUUCCUUUCAAUCAGAAUGGAUGCAUUAUUUCUCUUGUGUUACUGAGAUAUUAAGGGUAUCAAAGCAUAUAUGAUAUUAGCACAAAAUUGUCUUCUUUUAAUGAAAGUACCCAUUUGUUCACCAUCCUAAAGCUAGACCUCCUUAGCACUGCAGAUGACAGAAAUCAAGGAAUAGAUGUUUAUUUACCUAUAUAUUUACAUGAGAUAUACUCCUAUAAAAAGAGACAUUUCUUUAAAAUUGAUUGCAGGAGAAAAAAAUUAUUUAAUAGCUACAGCCUUCAAAGAUGGAGAGGUGUUAAUUUAAAAAGUACCUUAAGCAGUCAAAUGGAGCUCAGACCCAGCUGUCUGCCAGGCAGAGCUCCUGCAUCCACUGAA